UUCUGUUUAUGAUGCAGCAUGAAUGCUGCACUUGAAUAAGACAUGUGCUUGUGAAUUGUUCUUUAUACCUCAGUGAUGUGAAUAGAUUUUGAUUUAUUGUAUAUUAAUUAAGAUUCUGAAUGUCGACUAAUUAUUUCACAAUGCACGAAAGACUUCUUCCAGCCUCUCCGAACUGGUACUGUUCGCGAUGCAGUGACACGAAUGACAAAGGUAUAUUGGCGUUUGGAGCUAAAAACACCAUAUAUUUGGUUGACGUUAGAGCAUCAUCCUCUACAGUUGUUGGUAAGUAUCCUAUUCUUCUUAUAUCAGCCAUUUUGUGUUCUAGAAGUCAGUAAGUGGAUAUGUACCAUAUCAACAUGGCUAAUUUCUGUUCUAAUUUGUCUUGCUUUCAGGUGAACUGGUUGGUCACAGAGAGAGAGUGUCUGGCUUCUCAUUCUGCCAGCAUGCCGGCCAAAGCCAUAAUUGUGCCAGUACCUCUGAUGAUGGGACUGUUAAAUUCUGGGACACAAAUGAGAUGGUCCUUGUAAAGGAGCAUAAAACUCACCAGGUUAGUUCCACUAAGAGUCCUUUUAGAAUUGUGUUGAUUGCAUCUUGUCUGUCUCUCCCAGGUAUAAGAUUACUUUUCUAAAUAUAGUUUUUCAAAGUAUUGUAUCUAAGUCUAUUAUGUCAUUGGCCCACAGAACACCAUCACAGCCCUCCACUGGUCCCCCGGAGAGAAGAACCUUGUGGUGUCAGGGGAUGAGAAGGGCAUUGUGGUCUGCUACUGGUACAACACUGGUGAAUCUCAAAGCUUCUUCCCCGAACCAAGGAAUAUCUUCUGCCUGUCCUGCUCCCCUCACAACUGGCACUACGUUGCUGUGGGGUAGGAGAUUUAACCUCUAGUGGUGCAUGCAUGCACAAUAAUUUCUUAGACUGAGAAGUGUACAUUUUAGGGCUGUCCACAACAACAACAAAAAUCUUGGUCGACUGAAAGUCGUCUGUUCUUUCGACCAAUCGAUUGGUCGAAAUUUAAAACGCAGAUUUUUUAAUAAAAUCAACUAUAUAUGCAUUGAGCUUGUCUGAUGCUUUAAGCUCACUGUUUGAUGAAAUAAGACGCAAAUUACUCAAGACUGAGCCAGAGAUCAAGUUAAACAGAAGAAAAAAACAACUUAACCUGUCCCAACCAUCCUCCUCCCGUUCCUACUGGCUUUCACAAAUUCUGCCUGAAGUUGCCAGUAAUAGGCUACACAAGAGUUCUGCAAACUUUCUCAUGUGGAAUGACAAUUUAUCUUACAAUUUCUACCUAUCUGCAUGCUAGUUAUGGUUUUCAUAUGCACAUGUUUCAUUUCAUUUAUAAUAACGUCUUCGUAUCUCAAAAUCAUUGUCAUGUGGUUAAUCAAAAUUCUAUCCAAAUGAAAAUUAUACAAACCUAAAAAGUAACUUCUAUUGCUAUUGCCAACUAUGUAAAAAUAGCCUAUAAAGCCAACAAAUAAAAACAUUGCAGCCUGGAGGUAGAAAAUAUCCUAUAAGUCACAUUGGCUAUGCAUGGCCUGUCUGCAACAAACUUGAAAUAUUGUAUCAACUAUUAACUUGGGUCUGGCCUGAAGCUCCUUGCAACAUUGUAUAAACUAUUCUGGGCCGUCAGUUUCCCGUGCCAGUGAGCUCGGGACAGACACAGCUGUAGGCUAUUUGUGCAAGGGAUAAGAAGUAAUCAGGUAGGCCUAUUUUAUGAAGAUUCCACUGGGUCAGAGCAUUAUAUUUUUUUCCCUUUCAUGCUGAGUGAUUAUCGAAAGGGGGAGAGAGCUAGAACGAUUUUUCAAAUACAUUGAGGAGUUAUUGUCAUUCUCAAUGGAUGUAAAAACAGACUUUGUUUGCUUGCUGUUUGAGGUGAAGAAAAUAUUACUUUGAGAAGCUCGACAGCUCAUUAGUAUGUCUGGCUUAAUGCACCACCACUAUCAGAUCCCCAAAUGGACACAUUUUAUAUUCCUACAUUUGCGGGCAGUCCAGGUAGCCUAUAGGGCUACUUCUAUGCGCAAUCAGGUGCGCGUCCUUACUCAACAUUGACAGGAGCGCUCCAAACAAAAGACAAUGACUAAAUUGACAAAACUCAUAAAUGGAAUGAAAUGAACAAAACUUGUUUCUCACAAGUGUAGCAUAGGUUGUGCACUCUGCAAACAACGUGUCCACUCUGACAAUGAGAACGUUAAAAGACUGGAGUAAUAAUAUAUUGGAUGCAUUGACAGACAUUACCGUAACCAAACAAACAUUGUAGAUUAGAAGUUAUAGGAAUUAACGGUAAAUGUACUACCAUUACAUAUAUCACAUAUGUAAUGGGGAAUUGAUAGACACUAACAAUCAAACACGAACAAUUCACACAAUGAAGUUAUGAAACAAUGAAUGUGCACAAAAUGGCGGGAGAGCACAUUCUGGAGAGCGACGUACAUUGUGCAGCCACACCCCUUCUUCUUGGAACUGUGGCAUCCCCUCAGCCUCCACAAUGGAUUAGGUCACUGAGAUGGGCGCGAAUAAGACAGGUGUCUCGUGUGCCAUUUAAAAAAUAUAUAUAUUUGCUACUGCUCAACCAAAAAAAAUCUCGGUCGACCAACAUCCUAUCGCCCAAACAAUCGACCCGUCGAAUUAUUGGGGUCAGCCCUAGUACAUUUCACAGCAUCCAUCUAUAUGCAUCACGAAAGGCAAAUACCAGGGACAAAUGACUUCCCAGGAAAACAUUCCAUAUGGUUAUGUAUCUUAAUCUCUCUCAGGUACAAAGAUGGCAUGAUUGUCCUGAUUGACAUCAGUAAGAAAGGUGAGGUGGUGCAUCGUCUCCGUGGCCAUGACGACGAGAUCCACGCCCUGGCCUGGGCUCCACUGCCCAAUGAGGAGGUGCUUUACAGCAGGGCAGACGACAACACAGCUGGUGGGUUAUGAAAGAUGCUGUGCCGAGCGAUCCUAAAUGUAUUCAGUCAGUGACAAGUGGCAUGAUGAGAAGACUAUCUAUUUUUAGUCAUCAGAUUUUUUUACAUUUUUUUAAACAUUUGAGUCAUUUUAGCAGACGCUCUUAUCCAGAGCGACUUAGUUAGUGAGUGCAUACAUCAUUUUUUAUACUGGCCCCCAUGGGAAUCGAACCCACAACCCUGGCGUUGCAAACACCAUGCUCUACCAACUGAGCUACAUCCCUGCCGGCCAUUCCCUCCCCUACCCUGGACGACGCUGGGCCAAUUGUGUGCCGCCCCAUGGGUCUCCCGGUCGCGGCCGGCUACGACAGAGCCUGGAUUCGAACCAGGAUCUCUAGUGGCACAGCUAGCACUGCGAUGCUUUGGAAUGGUCAACAGUGCCCUGCCAGAGGAUCUCAGGCUGCUUCCUGGCUCCUAGGAGAUAUAAGAUCCGAUAUAUAGGAUGAGGCUAAACCAAGCCUAGCCUUAAACGUGUGUAAUACAAUUUUAAGCGACUGGUAGCCAGCUAAGAGAAGCUAAAAUAGGUGUGAUAUGGUAAUAGAUACAUUUCCUAGUGCCUGUUAAAAGCUGAUGUGGUUAACAGAAUACAUUUUACCCCUUUGUCCACCAAUGUAAAGCCUAUGGCCAGAAACCUUGGUGUCCUUUUUUUACCCUGACCUAAACCUCAAGCUGCAUGUGAAGAAGGUUGUCCAGUCCUGCUCAUCUAAGAAAUAUAGCUAAAGUCAAGUAUUUUAUUUCAGUCACUGAUCUGGAGAAAGUUAUACAUGCUUUUAUUUCCUCAUGCCUAGAUUACUGUAACUCAGUCAGAAAUCACUCCAUCUACAGUAAGUUCAAAAUGCUGCAACUCAGCUUUUAACAGGCACUAGGAAAUGUAUCUAUUACCAUAUCACACCUAUUUUAGCUUCUCUUAGCUGGCUACCAGUCGCUUAAAAUUGUAUUACACACGUUUAAGGCUAGGCUUGGUUUAGCCUCAUUCUAUAUCUCGGAUCUUAUAUCUCCUAGGAGCCAGGAAGCAGCCUGAGAUCCUCUGGCAGGGCACUGUUGACCAUUCCAAAGUCUAGGUUGAAAACGAAAUGAGCAUUUGCCUUUAGGGCCCCUAGACUUUGGAAUGGUCUUCCAGAGGAGAUCAGGCUUGCGGAGUCUUUUUAAAUCCCUUCUGAAGAUACACUUUUAUAAAGAUGCUUUUAAUGUAUGAUUUUAAUUAGCUAUCCUUUUUCAUUCUCCUUUCUUUGUUUCUUUUGUUAGUACUGUUGUAUUUAUUGUUAUGUUAUGAUGUGAAGCACUUUGUUAAUUUGUUACUUAUUACAAUUAUAUUUUCAGAAACAACCAAUGUGAUGACAGAAGGCAAAGAAAAGGGAUGUUAUCUUGCAUCUGGGAGCAAGGACCAGACCAUAAGAAUCUGGAGCACGCUGAAAGGCAAAGGUGAGACGACAACCUAACUGAGUUAUCAACCUGCAUCCUCCAUAGCAUUUAUGCAUAUUAUACUACUAUUGAGAGUUGGUGCAGUAUGCUCUUUAAGAGGGUCCCAUCUCUUGGAGUUAAACAUGAUUGUCUCCCUCUCUCAGGUGUGAUGACCAUGAAGCUACCAUUCCUGAAGAGAAGAGGGACAGGGGUGGAUCCUGCAGUCAAGGAGAGACUCUGGCUCACUGUGCACUGGCCCAAGGGGAAGCCAACGCAAGUCGUGUCAAGCUGCUUUGGGUAUGAACUAUAAAAACAUAAUUGAGGAUGGUAAAGUUAAUUGUGAUAAAUAUGAUUUAGUCUGCAACUUGCUAAUACUUAGUCUUUUGAUCAUUCAUUUUGCCCAGACUGUACUAACAUCCCCCUGUGUGUGAAGGGGUGAGCUGAUCUUGUGGGACCUCACCAAGGGAGGCAAGCAGAAGUGGAGCCUGUUGGGAACAUCGUCAGAGGGCCAGAACCACAGCAGGAUCGUGUUCAACAUGAGCUCAGUGUGUGUUCAGGACAACAGAGAGCUCCUGCUCAGCACCUCAAUGGACAGAGAGGUGAGAUGGGGUUAAACACACUCGAUGCAGCUUUAAAGCAAUUUACUGAAUGUCUCUUUUGACAACAGUGACACUUUGAGUAUGGUGUGAGUUUUUGAGAAGUCAAAAUUGGGCCCUAUAAGUGGUCAAACAUGCAGUCUGUCAGCAGUACUUAGUGUGCAUAUGUGCCGAGAGUGAUUACAGAAUCCAUGUUGGCAAGAAUUUCUCACUCAAUUUGCUUCUCUUAUCAUUAUUCCAGAUAAAAUGCUGGGACCUGUCGUCGUUGGACUGCUGCUGGACCCUUCCCACCCUGGGGGGGUUUGUGUACACCCUUACCUUCUCUCCUGUGGGAAUGGGCUGCAUGGCCCUGGGGGUGGGAGACGGCAUGAUCCGCGUGUGGAGCACCCUCUCUAUCCAGAACAAGUACGACACCAAGACCUUCUGGCAGGGCAUCAAGUCCAAAGUCACAGCGGUAAGAGACUCUUAGGGCAUAUUGAUAUCAGUUAUUGUCUACUGGUUUAUGGUAAAAGUGAAGAUGGCUAGCGCAUGUGUGUGUGACAAUUCCCAAUUCCUUGUUCAUUGCAGUUGUCCUGGCAUCCAACCAAAGAAGGAUCCUUAGCUUUUGGAACCGAUGACGGCAAAGUUGGCAUUUACGAUGCUUUCUCUAACAAGUAAGAGAAACACUUCGUCUACAACUUUCUCUUAACUCUAGUAUCUGAGAUAAUGUAUGUUGGCGGUUUAAUCAAAUCCAUACUGUUAGUGAUUAUCAUCACUUCUCACCAAGAUAAUGACAUUUCAUAUCUGUUAUGACGUUAAUGAAUGGUCUUUAUUGUGUUGUUCCCAGGCCGCCUCAGGUAUCCAGCACUUAUCACAGGAAGACUGUGUACACAUUAGCCUGGGGACCCCCAGUCCCCCCUCUGUCAUUUGGUAAGCUCUUAAUAAGUCUAUCAAAGUGUGUGUACUGUAUGCUGAGAACCCUCUGACCCAGCAACUUCUGUGAUGGGCGUUGUGCCAAAGCCAUGAGUCAGCAGAAAGCAUGCAGCUCUUGACGCUUUUGUAAUAUACUCCAUAAUUGAAUGAGUUGCGAAAACGAUUACCUCUCUCCCUGAGCCAUUCAUUGGGAAAUCAAGAUGGUGAAAGUUAAUUUUACCAGCUGCCGGCAGAUUACAUUUUGAUUACCAUAUCAGUCAUUCAGUCUUUUGAAGCAGUAAACAUAAUUGCUCCUGUGUGAAGGAUCUGCUGAUGGUUUCUAAACCAACAAAGACCUGUUAAUUUGUUUAGACACUUUCAACUGGAAAGGCUCCUCCUGCUGGUGGCUCAGAAUGUCAUGUGGACAUUGAGAUUGAGAUGUGACCUCUUGAGGGUUAUCAUUAACGGAUUAGUAUUAUCAGACUCUGCAACCAUCAGAUCAUCAGAUAAUAUACCAUAAUAUACGCUGGAUGAGUAUGAUUGUGUGUGUGUUUGUGUGAAUAAGUGAGACAAGGGGGUGCUGAAACAGUGUGUAACAGUCAGUGUGUCAUCCAGGUGGAGCAGGAGACCGUCUGUCCUACAGCCUGUAUAGCUGUGCUGGAGAGGGCCUCAUCCUACAGCAUGACCCCUGGAAACUGGCAGGAGAGGCCACAGACAUUGACAGGGUCAUCAAGGACACCAACAGCAUCAAGGUGAGUUGGAAAGGAUAUCUACAUUUAUGCAUUUCCUUUUCAGCAGGACAUAAUUCCUUAAGUAUUUUACCCAAUCACUGUAUGUGGCGAUGUGCAAUUGAAUAUAAUGUUGGUAAUUUGAAUAGGUUUUGAAGGUCAUGUUCUAUUUUCUGCAGCACAAGCUGUCACCCCACACAGAUCUCAGCUGGAAACCAGAUGGUAAAGUUGUGGCCAUCGGCAAUGAGGACGGGUGAGUCCUCUCAUUCCCUUAAACUGUGUAUAUAGGCCUGGAGAAUUGCCUGGAACCAACUGUCAUCUAAAAUGAUUGAGUGCCUGUCUAAAAUGAAAGACUAUAGCUGUACUGAUGGUUUUACUGUAAUGUGGUAGAUUUUAUUUAUGUAUCCAUUUACGCUAGGUCUCAAAGUGCUUGAAAUUAAAUGGGGCUAACUACAUUUCCUGGCUUUGUCUCUCUUUCAGGUCCAUAGAGGUGUACCAGGCUCCGACUCUCAAGCUGCUGUGUACCAUCCAGCAGCACCAUAAGAUCAUCAACGUGCUGCGCUGGCACCAUGACCACAGUUCCCUGCCCGAGCUGCAGUACCUACUGGCCUCUGGGUCCAGCAACGCCUUGGUCUACGUCCACGACCUCCGCACUGUCAUAGGUGAGGAGAGUUCCCCAGGGGUAUAUUCUAGGGCUGAAUCUUAUUUUGAGAUCUGAGUGUUAACUUAAAUAUUCUACUGAUAUGUUGUCUGAUCUGUGUGAAAGACAAGUGUGCAUAUCUCAAGGUAUGAUGCAGUGAGGGUAAUAUGGGGUGUAGAGGCAGCAGUGGGCCAGCAGAGGGCUCUAUUGGGAAUGGUAGCUAUGGUAACUAAUGUUGUUGGAAGAUGUUUAGCUAUGCAUGGGUUAGCAAUUUCUGGUUAAUUUCACAGUAUUUAAAUUUCUAUUGGUCAUUGUUUUUCUUUGUAUGUGUUCAGAGACUCCUCCAGAGAGUCCCGUUGUGAUGACAGAGGCAUAUCGGAGCCUGACGGGUCACACAGCCAAGAUCACCGGCCUGGCCUGGAGCCCCCACCACGACGGGAGACUGGUCACCGUCUGUUACGAUGGUACAGCACAGGUCCGUCCCAAUGUGUUAUUUAUCUAACGACAGCUACACAGACCCAGCCUUUACACCUUUUACUAGUGCCUACUGUUUUCUUCCAUGUGGUUCUAUAUAGUGAUGGGGGGGGGGAAAUCGAUACAGUUACAUAUUGCGAUAUUAUUUUGGCCGAUAUAUCUAUACAUGGACUCCCAAGUAUCGAUUAGUUUCAUUUUUUGUUGUUGCUAGGUAGCGUUAGCUAGCACUAGUUGGCUGUACCUGUGCCAAAACUCUGGUAUAGUUCAUCCUAUAGCUUGUUGUCCAUCCACUUUUUAAAUAGUGAGCCAACAUGUUUUCAGCACUUUUAUUUCCAUGACUGAUUUUUUUUAUUUUUUAUUAUCAUGCUCUCUCUUGUCUCUCUGCAGCAGACAUAUCGUGAGCAAUAUGUUUGGAACAUGAAAUCGCAAUUAAAAUCGCAGUAUCGAGUCACAAUACAUAUAGAAUCGUUCUAUAUUUGAUAGCUUUCAUUUGCUAUAUAAUCUAUGUGGUCCCCAGGUGUGGGACGUGCAGAAGGAGGAGGGGCUGUGUAACUACAGGGGCCACAGGGGCCGGCUGCUGUGUGUCCAGUGGUCUCCUGUGGACCCGGACCUGGUCUGGACAGGAGCAGAUGACUUCACUGUGCAGGAGUGGGCUGUGUCCAAGCAGGAGUUCACCAAGCCCCCCAAAGGUAACAACAUUUAUUUUUUUCUCCUAGUUUUAUUCACAAAGUUGCUUUUUAAAAAGUUUCUGGUUGUGUAAAUGGUUAACAUUUGAGCAUUUUAAUAUAUUUGAUUGUAAAGAUCCAUAACAUUUAGAGUGCAAUGAAUUGUAUAAUGUUCUAAUGAUAAUACAAAUGUAAAAAUGCCUUUCUCUUCUUAGCGAAAAAGACACUUGACCAAAAGGCCAAGUUAAAGGCCAAGAAGAAGAAGAAGACAACAGGGAAAGGAGGAGCAAAGGCUGAGGAGAGCUUGUCUCUAAAUGGAGAGGGGAAUAAAGGAGGGGCGUCCCCGGCACCAGGAGAAAGACCGUCUGACAAUGAGGAAGAGGAGGAGGGGGGGAGCGAGACCACUAGCAUCUCCUCAGUGACAGGUAGCACUGUAGCCAUGUCCAAUCUACUAUUACAUUGUCUUUCUCAAUCCAGUCAUCUCCUUCAAUUGCAUCUGCCAUACGCAAUAAGUAAAUAAUGAUCAUGUCAUACAGCUCACACAUACUACUCUUUCUUUUAUUUUAGUGUCUUCAUCCAGUAAUCAGAUGGACAGACCAGUGAUGGAUAAAGUGCAAAAUGGAGGGAAAUCCUUACUCACUGUAAAGAAAGAAAUGAAAAAAGUGGAGAGAACAGGUACUGUAUGUUAUGGAAUCCUAUCAAAAUACACUGUAAGAACAUUGUUCAUAGGGCACAGAGUUUUUCCUGACCACGUGACCUAACCAGGAAAAACGUAGGGCCCUAUAUUAAAUGACUAGUGUAAGUAUCCGUCUCCAUCCACUCCAACCCCUCUUGCGGUCGGUCUUUCCUCCAGAGGUGUCUCUGAAGAAGAGGAAGCCUCGCUCCAUGCUGCCCCUCAGUACGUCCAUGGACCACCGACCCAGAGAAGACCUCCAGCAGGACUGUCUCAACCUGGCCACAGUCAGGCACUCUGAGGGUGAGACUAUCAAUCCAUCCUUAUCUGGAUUAUACCACAAGAUUAGACAUGUAGCUACACCUUUUGAGGACCUAUACCAGGGAUCAUCAACUAGAUUCAGCUGCGGGCAGAUUUUUUUUUUCCUGAGUGGAUGGUCGGGGGGCCGGAAUGUAAUUACAAAUAAUUUGUAGACUGCAAAUUGACCGCAAGAAGCCCAAACAGAUAUGUUUGACUAAAACAUAAUCAUUUCAACCCUUUCUUACAUUUGUAUACAAUCACGUCUCUAUUAUGCGUGGGAAUAUAUGGGAACAGAUUUCUUAAAUUAAAAUCACUUGGAGCUGAUUUCCUGGUGUCAUGUUUUCUUGCUCAAAUCUUUGGGGGCCAAAUAAAACCACCCGUGGGCCAAAUUCGGCCCGCAGGCCGCCAGUUGGGGAUCCCUGACCUAUACAAUCAACAAGUACUCAACUAUUGUUUCCUGGCUACAUUUUCAUGUGUAGGUGCCAGCAUAUUUUUAAAAAAGCACAAGGAUUUGUCUUUAGUUAAGUCUGCAUCAUAAGAUUCAUGAGACAUGGUCCAGAAAGAUAAGGCAGGUCAUAAUUUUCUGUCCUUCAUAGAGCAGUGUUUGACUCUGACCCUGUCUUUGUCCCCCCGUCUGUCCUCAGCACCUCCUGCCAACUGUGUCCCAGGCCUGGGAGAUCACAUCCAACUGGGGCUGUUCGCAGACAGAGACGCCCUCUAUAGGAUGUUCCAGGAGGAGGGUGAGGACGCUAUCUUAUGUUGUAUUAUAUGAUUGUUAUUACACGUUCAUAAUGAUUACACACUUUUUAACACUUUAACACUUGUUAUAAUAAUAUAUAUACUACAUGACCCCCCCUUUGCUGCUAUAACAGCCUCCACUCUUCUGGGAAGGCUUUCCACUAUAUGUUGGAACAUUGCUGCGGGACUUGCUUCCAUUCAGCCACAAGAGCAUUAGUGAGGUUGGGCACUGAUGUUGGGCGAUUAGGCCUGGCUCGCAGUCAGCGUUCCAAUUCAUCCCAAAGGUGUUCGAUGGGGUUGAGGUCAGGGCUCUGUGCAGGCCAUUCAAGUUCUUCCACACCGAUCUCAACAAACCAUUUCUGUAUGGACCUCGCUUUGUGCACAGGGCAUUGUCAUGCUGAAACAGGAAAGGGCCUUCCCCAAACUGUUGCCACCAAGUUGGAAGCACAGAAUCGUCUAGAAUGUAAUUGCAUGCUGUAGCGUUAAGAUUUACCUUCACUGGAGCUAAGGGGCCUAGCCCGAACCAUGAAAAACAGCCCCAGAUCAUUAUUCCUCCUCCACCAAACUUUGGGGCAGGUAGCAUUCUCCUGGCAUCCGCUAAACCCAGAUUAGUGAAGUGUGAUUCAUCACUCCAGAGAACAGUUUUCCACUGCUCCUGGGUCCAAUGGCGGUGAGCUUUUCACCACUCCAGCCGACGCUUGGCAUUGUGCAUGGUGAUCUUAGGCUUGUGUGCGGCUGCUCGGCCAUGGAAACCCAUUUCAUGAAGCUCCCGACGAACAGUUCUUGUGCUGACGUUGCUUCCAGAGGCAGUUUGGAACUCAGUAGUGAGUGUUGCAACCGAGGACAGAUUAUUUUUACGCGCUUUAGCACUCAGCGGUCCCGUUCUUUGAGCUUGUGUGGCCUACCACUUCGGGGCUGAGCUGUUGUUGCUCCUAGACGUUUCCACUUCACAAUAACAACACUUACAGUAGGCCGGGGCAGCUCUAGCAGGGCAAACAUUUGACGAACUGACUUGUUGGAAAGGUGGCAUCCUAUGACGGUGCCACGUUGAAUGUCACAGCUCUUCAAUAAGGCCAUUCUACUGCCAAUGUUUGUCUAUGGCGAUUGCAUGGCAGUGUGCUCGAUUUUAUACACCUGUCAGCAACGGGUGUGGCUGAAAUAGCCAAUUCCACUAAUUUUGAAGGGGUGUCCACAUGCUGUUGUAUAUAGAGUGCAUUCGGAAAGUAUUAAGACCCCUUCCCUUUUUCCACAUUUUGUUACGUUACAGCCGUAUUCUAAAAUUGAUUAAAUUAAAUGUUUUCCUCAUCAAUCUACACCCACUACCCCAUAAUGUCAAAGCGAAAACAGGUUUUUUGAAAUGUUAGUAAAUGUAUUACAAAUAAAAAAACAGAAAUGAUGGUGGCCACUGUAUUCAGAACCUUUGCUAUGAGACUCGAAAUUGAGCUCAGGUGCAUCCUGUUUCCAUUGAUCAUCCUUGCUGUUUCUACUUGAUUGGAGUCCUGUGGUAAAUUCAAUUGAAUGGACAUGAUUUGGAUAGGUACACACCUGUCUAUAUAAGGUCCCACAGUUGACAGUGCAGGUCAGAGCAAAAACCAAGCUAUGAGGUCGAAAUAAUUGUCCGUAGAGCUCCGAGACAGGAUUGUGUCGAGGCACAGAUCUGAGGAAGGGUACCAAAAAAAAUCUGCAGCAUUGAAGGUCCCCAAGAACACAGUGGCCUCCCAUCAUUCUUAAAUGGAAGAAGUUUGGAACCACCAUGACUCUUCCUAGAGCUGGCUGCCUGGCCAAACUGAGCAAAUGGGGGGAGAAGGGCCUUGGUCAGGGAGGUGACCAAGAACCCGAUGGUCACUCUGACAGAGCUCCAGAGGCCCUCUGUGGAGAUGGGAGAACCUUCCAGAAGGACAACCAUCUCUGCAGCACUCCACCAAUCAGGCCUUUAUGGAAGAGUGGCCAAACGGAAGCCACUCCUCAGUAAAAGGCACAUGACAGCCCGCUAAAGGACUCUCAGACCAUGAGAAACAAGAUUCUCUGGUCUGAUGAAACCAAAAUUGAACUCUUUGGCCUGAAUACCAAGCGUUAUGUCUGGAGGAAACCUGGCACCAUCCCUACGGUGAAGCAUGGGGGUGGCAGCAUCAUGCUGUGGUGAUGUUUUUCAGCGGCAGGGAGACUAGUCAGGAUCGAGGGAAAGAUGAAGGGAGAAAAGUACAGAGAGAUCCUUGAUGAAAACCUGCUUCAGAGCACUCAGGUCCUCAGACUGGGGCGAAGGUUCACAUUCCAACAAGACAAUGACCCUAAGCACACAGCCAAGACAACGCAGGAGUGGCUUCGGCACAAGUCUCUGAAUGUCCUUGAGUGGCCCAGCCGGACUUGAACCUGAUCGAACAUCUCUGGAGAGACCUGAAAAUAGCUUUGCAGUGACGCUCCCCAUCCAAGAUGACAGAGCUUGAGAAGAAUGGGAGAAACUCCCCAAAUACAAGUGUGCCAAGCUUGUAGCGUAAUACCCAAGAAGACUCGAGAGGCUGUAAUCGCUGUCAAAGGUGCUUCAACAAAGUACUGAGUAAAGGGUCUGAAUACUUAUGUAAAUAAGGUAUUUCUGCUUUAUUUUUUAUUUUUAUAAAUUUGCUAAAAUCCUGUUUUUGCGUUGUCAUUAUGGGGAUUGUGUGUAGAUUGAUGAUGGAAAACAUUUAAUUUAAUCAAUUUUAGAAUAAGGCUUUAACUUAACAAAAUGUCUGAAUACUUUCCGAGUGCACUAUGUAUGUUAUUUAUAUAUAUGUGUGUGUGUGCGCGCAUAUAUAUAUAUAUAUAUAUAUACACACACACACACACACUACUGUUCAAAAGUUUUAGAACACUUACUCAUUCACGGGUUUUUCUUUAUUUUUACUAUUUUCUACACUGUAGAAUAAUAGUGAAGAUAUCAAAACUUUGAAAUAACACAUGGAAUCAUGUAGUAACCAAUAAAGUGUUAAACAAAUCAAAAUAUAUAUUAUAGAUUCUUCAAAGUAGCCACCCUUUGCCUUGACAGCUUUGCACACUCUUGGCAUUCUCUCAACCAGCUUCACCUGGAAUGCUUUCCCAACAGUCUUGAAGGAGUUCCCACAUAUUCUGAGCACUCGUUGGCUGCUUUUCCUUCACUCUGCGGUCCAACUCAUCCCAAACCAUCUCAAUUGGGUUGAGGUCGGGUGAUUGUUGAUGCCAGGUCAUCUGAUGCAGCACUCCAUCACUCUCCUUCUUGGUCAAAUAGCCCUUACACAGCCUGGAGGUGUGUUGGGUCAUUGUCCUGUGGAAAAACAAAUGAUAGUCCCACUAAGCGCAAACCAGAUGGGAUGGCGUAUUGUCAUGAGACGUAUCGAUGCAGAAUGCUGUGGUAGCCAUGCUGGUUAAGUGUGCCUUGAAUUCAAAAUAAAUCACAGACAGUGUCACCAGCAAAGCACCAUCACACCACCUCCUCCAUGCUUCAAGGUGGGAACCACACAUGCGGAGAUCAUCUGUUCACCUACUCUUUGUCUCACAAAGACACGGCGGUUAGAACCAAAAAUCUCAAAUUUGGACUCUUCAGACCACUCAAAUGAAUUUAUCCUCUGUGGCAGAGGUAACUCUGGGUCUUCCUUUCCUGUGGCGGUCCUCAUGAGAGGCAGUUUCAUCAUAGCGCUUGAUGGUUUUUGCGACUGCACUUGAAGAAGCUUUCAAAGUUCUUGAAAUGUUCCGUAUUGACUGACCUCCAUGUCUUAAAGUAAUGAUGGACUGUCGUUUCUCUUUGCUUAUUUGAGCUGUCCUUGCCAUAAUAUGGACUUGGUCUUUUACCAAAUAGGGCGAUCUUCUGUAUACCACCCCUACCUUGUCACAACUGAUUGAUUGGUUCAAACGCAUUAAGAAGGAAAGACAUUCCAAAAAUUAACUUUUAACAAGGCACACCUGUUAAUUGAAAUGCAUUCCAGGUGACUACCUCAUGGUUGAGAGAAUGUCAAGAGUGUGCAAAGCUGUCAUCAAGGCAAUGGGUGGCUACUUUGAAGAAUCUCAAAUAUAAAAUAUAUUUUGAUUUGUUUAACACUUUUUUUUGGUUACUACAUGAUUCCAUGUGUGUUAUUUCAUAGUUUUGAUGUCUUCACUAUUAUUCUACAAUGUAGAAAAUAGUAAAAUAAAGAAAAACCCUUGAAUGAGUAGGUGUGUCCAAACUUUUGACGGGUACUGUAUGUGUGUUAGGGUAAAAGGUGACUAACAAGUCACUUCCAUUCUCCUUAUGUUGUGGUGUCUCUUUGAUCCUGUAGAGGAGGGCCAUGUGGAGGCUGGUCACUAUGAGUCUGCAGUGUACCUGAGACUGUGGAAAGGUGACAUCACUGGAGCUCUGCAAGUGGCCACUGAGAAAGGAGAGCUGAGUGAUCACCUGCUCUCUGUUGCACCUAUGGGUAAAGAGCACUCAUUUAAAUUGUGAAAUGGUUUUAUGUCUUUCAUAUUUAUUCCAUUUUAUAAUGCAUAUUUAGAAUAUUAAGUUAUUCCGAUUCAGCAACCAACUUGUCAAUUUAGUUAGUCUGAUAGUAUACGUUUUUGUUCUCUUGCUCCUUGACACAGUAAUCUGUUUCUCUGUGGUGAAGUGCUGUAUGUAUGUAUGCAUGUAUGCAUGUAUGCAUGUAUGCAUGUAUGCAUGUAUGCAUGUAUGCAUGCAUGCAUGCGUGUAAUAGUACUUGUGAAACCCUCUCAGCUGGUUACCAGGUGUGGCUGAGGACAGUGGAGGUCUAUGUGAAGCAGCUGUGUCUUCAGGAGCAGUUCCUCAAGGCUGCCUCCCAUCUUCUCUCAAUCAACAAGGUCUACGAGGCCAUCGACCUCCUCAAGUCCCACCAGCUCUACAGGUUAUUCAGCAGACACACACGUUCAUCUGUUUAUUUUACACAUAAAUGAUGAAAUAAAGAAUAACAAAGUUAGUGUUGUAGGAAGAUCCAUUAGAGUAAUUAACUUCUACUAAGUGGUAGGAUUUUAGGUUGUGUUACCUGUGACUGACCUAUCAAUGGGAGUGAUCAUUGUAAUCUCUGAGCUGUGAGUGAAAUGUUUGUGUGCUCUCUCAGGGAGGCCAUAGCCCUGGCCAAGGCUAGGCUGCAGCCAGACGACCCUGUGCUCAAGGAGCUCUACACCACCUGGGCAGCCGUGCUGGAGAAAGACGGCCACUUUUCUACUGCUGCUAAAUGGUAAAUAACAGACUCUAACAUGUACCUAUUUUCAUUAAUAAAACUGCAUCUUGGUGUAAAAGUGCACUGUGCAAUGCAGGGAGAGUAAAAGCUGGUUCCUCGGAAUAGCUGACUUGAUGCUAAUGGAACUCGCUGUGUAUUUAUCACCCAGUUAUCUCGCCGUGGACUCCAGCUUCGACGCAGCCAAAGUAAUCGCCAAGAAAAACGACCCUAUCUCACUGAAGACAGCCUCCAGUCUGGCGAGGAUCGUUGGUGAAAGCGACCUGUCCUAUUCACUCUCCCUGAGAUGUGCCAAAGACCUGGCGUCCUCUCAGGAUUGGCUGGGAGCACAGCAACUCCUCAGCACACAUGAGAGCCUAUUGGUAAGUUGCCCUGAACUAGCUGAUGCUCAUAGAUGAAGAUACUAUAUAUAGUCCCAUUGAUUAGCUAUAGAUGAUGGUCAGAUAAGAUAUGGGUGUUGAUUUUCAUGCUUUAUCUCUACUGUCCCCCUCUCCUCUGCUAUAGGCCCACCGGUUACAUUACUGCACUAUUGAGUUGCUCACUGUGAGUCUAACAGGGACAGACGUAGUGACUUGGACCUGUUCCUCCAUCCAUCCCUGGUCUACUCCCUGUAAGAGCCAAGAUGGCUUCCUGGCUACCCUGAGGGCUGUGUGGGAGAGGGGGUUUGCUGUCUCCCCCAGCAACCCAGAGAAACUCAAAGCUCUUCACCAACAACUGAAGGCCAUAGAGAAUCCUCAGACGACACCUAACGUUCCUAUGAAACAGGUAGGUCAUCAGUGGACAGAGGCUGGGCUGGGGUAAAAUUAUUCUGUUGAUGGGAUGGAGAGAUAUUGACACAUGAUCUUAGUCUGCAAAUGUAAGUUUGUAGACAUUUAGUGGAAGAUCUACUCUGUUGUAGACAGUGGUGCCUCUGUCUGUGUUUUAAUCUGAACCCACUGCAAUGCUCUUGUCCCCCUCCAGCUUCUGAUCCUUCUGUCCCUUGACCUGACCCUGGGCGCAGUGAGCUGGUUGCUAGGUGACUGGGGGGCGGCCCUAGAGGAGCUGUUGCAGGGCGUGGCCAGAGGGAAUGAGGCGGGUCACUUCUCGCUGAUGUCAGAGACCUGCAGGCUGCUGUUUCCUCAAGGUGACGCAACAUCUUAGUUUAGCCAUCUUUAUUAUCCAUGGCAGGGAUUACACACUGAGAUGUAUGUAUGUGAAGAUAAAUCAAAAUGUAUACAAUGUAUUAUUCUUGCACAUAUACAGUAAUUGUAUUUGUACAGUACCUUUAAUUUCGUUACACCCUCAAUAACAUCUGCUAAAUAUGUGUAUGUGACCAAUAAAAUUAGAUACAUUUGAUUUAGAAAUGCUACCAUAGAGCAGUGUGUCCAAUACAUAUCUUAAAACAGGUGUUUUUUUUGGCUGUUGUAUGUAUAUAAAAAAUAAUCUUAAUAUACAGUUGGUGGCACAGACUGGUUAGUAAGUAAGUUAAAAACAUUUUUUUACUGUAAUAUAAUGCAUUGAUAACAUGUUUUUAAUAAAGGCAUUUGGAUGGAUUUUAACAGUAGAAGAGUGGCAUGGCAGCUUCAGAGUUCUUCUUAGAUGCACUCCAGCCUGUGCAGUGUCCGUGGACAUACCAGUAUAGGAGCUGCCCCAGGGAAGUGUCCACCGCCAAUACAGUAGUGUUCAGAGUUGCAGCCAGUUGGUUUAACCCCAGAGCAGAUGCCCAUUCGUUAUUGAUCUCUCUGAAUGUGUUGAAGCCAGGCUUAAACUCAUUUCUUGGCUUGGGUCCAUAAAAGUCUCUGGUGGUUUGUGUGUCUCCGUGGUUGUAGAUGAUAAGAAUGGCUGGUCCUCUGUUGUUUCAAGACCCCACAUUGUAUCUCACCAGGUAACGCUUGAAGAGUUGGUAGAGGUUUCCCCUUUGAAGGGUGAGGAAGCGUCUCUGUGUGGUAGCGCAGGAUGGAGGCCAGGUUCCAGUGUGUUCCAGAGGAGUUGUUGGGGACGUGCCACACUGACAUGUCCUCCGCCAUGUUGUCAUAAUACCCAGGGCUCUUGGAAGGCGUCGGCGGUUGCACCCUUUGGUGUUCCAAAAGUGGACCUGUUGGCCCAGUUCCCCUCUCUGUCUGGCCGGUUGGGGUUGCUGCCCUGCUGGCUGGACCAGUGGUUGCCUACCGUGCACUUCCCGUAAAUGUUGUUCUCGUGCACGCUCGCCACCAGUGUCUAGCUGCCUACGGUGGUCAUAUCACAGAAGGUCUGGUACACGACCCCACUUGCUGUGGUCAGGUAGUACAGCCCAUCUUCAUGUUGGUCAUAUCGGUCCCUUAUUUCUUUACAGCUUCUGGCAACGGGUUCUGUUUCAAAGCCUCUCCAGACUAUUAAAGUCAGUUCUGGCCCCUGCAUGCCUGCCCUCCUGUACUGCUGGCACUGCUUGUGCAAGUUAAAUUAGUUGUAAGUCUACAUGUUAUAUAUUGAACCAUCAGUAGAGGGGGAUCAUCAACAGGAGAUCACAGGACAUCAUGUCUGCAAUGGAUGUGGUGAGGUCUCAGAGAAAUGUCUGAGUCUAACUUCAGGACGUUCUGUUUGUGUUCAAGUCUUGGCAAUACUUCGAUUUAUACCCAUGCCAGCUCUGAUUUGAUCUGUCUUAUCCAUAUGCUCUUAUCUGCCAUGUCUGAGAGAUAAAACUGAAUACAAAGCUAGGAUUUACUGUAAUGGCAUUUACUGGAAAGUACAAGCCUACCUCAGCAAAAUUGUGUUGAUAACAAGAAUGGUAAAACAGCAAAACAAUGAUUUACAUUUUAGUCAUUUAGCAGACGCUCUUAUCCAGAGCGACUUAAUUAGUGAGUGCAUACAUUUUUCCCCCCAUGGGAAUCGAACCCACAACCCUGGCGUUGCAAACACCAUGCUCUACCAACUGAGCUGCACGGGCCUAGUUGAUUAUCAAUAACAUUCAUGAGGCCUCACGUUUGAUAAAAGAUACUCACGUUACGCUCAAGUGUAUUGCUACCUCAACCCUUUUAAUCUGUGUGAACUAGUCCAUUCCAGGAAGAAAGGCCCAACCCUUUAACUGCAGACACACUUUUCUUUAAUGUGCACAGACAGGUGACAACAGGGCAAUCUGCAUACAGUACUCAAUUCAUUUCAAUGGAAGUGUGGACACUAACUGUAUGGUUCUCAUCUUCCAAAUGUAUGAAGGAAAUGCGUCCUUUUGAACCCUACUCUUUCUCUGCUAGGUAUCGACUCCAUCUCAGAACACAAAAAGAUGGUGGACCCCUCUGAUGAGAAGGCCUUGGCUGCAGCUCGGAGCCUGGAGGCAUUUGUGUGUUACCAGGACCUCUACCACAUGUGGUGGAGCCACAGCACUAACACAGCAGGAGCUCAGAGAGACAUGACUAAUGGACUGCACUCAGCCAGCAAGAACCACAACAAUGGAUUAGACGGCCGUGUUACUGACACUCCAAAUGGAGAUGGGAUGGGAUGGUGUCUGAGCACUCAGAAUGGAGAUGUGACGAAAGGAGUGUGUGUGAACGCUUGCCAGGUGCUGCUGUCUGAGCCCCACGCGACCUGCCAGGCCACCCAGAGGACUAUAGCAGAGAUCAAGCAGAGACUGGCCUCCAUGGUGCACCAGCACAGCCGAACCCAGGAGACUAAAGCCAGCCCUGGGGAGGGACAGACUGAAAGGCCCACCUUGGCCCAGGGCUCCACUCCCACAGACAGCCAAGAGUCCAGUGAUGCAGGGCAAGGGUACGGCCUAUUUUUUUAUAUUUCUAAUUGUGCCUUUGGACAUUUUAGAGUUAGCUGUUUAGCAUAAAGACAACUGCAAUGAUUUGUUACUUGACAGUCUGAAACUGUAAUAGUGUAUUCAGACAAAUAGUUGGUGUAAGUGAAAGUUAUGAUUGUCUGUCAGAUAUUGAGCUUUUGUAAUCUUUGUUUUUCAGACCUGACACUGAAUCCUUACCCUCCUUGAUUGCCAUGGUUUCUGAGCACCACAAAGAGUUGGCUGACAUCCCAGACCAUGUCAAAGUAAGACACCCUCAUACUUUUUUACUGAACAUUUUCCUGCUGCUAUUGUUUUUGAAUAUUUUUGCUCUCCCAUUUCAGGAAUAUCCAUACCCAGAUGUUCUGGAGUGCUGCUUAGUUCUUCUCUAUUUGAGUAAGAGUUCUGCUCUUGUUCCUGAUCACCUAAAGAAUGAAGCAGUGGCCUUGUUCCGCAAGUAUGGAACUCCCUCUCUCCGCAAGGCCUCCCAGCGAUUCCUAUCUUAAUGGUUAUAGAUGCAUGUUAUUUUUCUAUAACUUGUUUUUGUUAAAUGUAAAAUGCACUUAGUAAGAAUGGAAAAUAUGUAUGUAUAUCAAUAAAUAAACCUUUUCACUAAUCUCUGAUUUACUAUACGAACACCAGCCUUCAAAAUAAAU